AGUCAUUGCCAUGCUGAUCAUGUUGACAGACAAACUGUUAUUCUAACGUGAAGUCAGAUAUAACAAUAUCAUUAAGAUGAGGUCGUUAAUUGUCCUGUUCUUCCUGGCACAAAGCGGAUGGGCUUCUCAGUGUGGCAAAGAUUCGGGUCCAUCAGGAGUUGCCGAAUGCGUUCAACUAGAGAAUUACAACCGAUAUCAGUGGUCAACCUGCCUCACUAAUACCUAUAUCCAACAGAAAAGUGGACAAAGGCACAUUUGUGAAGACCCCACUGCAACUUACUGCCUGUACCAGUGUAUGCUUGAAGUGCAUAACAAAACUUCUGGCCCAGUGUCAGAGGUCUGUUCUUGCAAAAAUGCCAAUUCAACAUUCAGUCCAUACAAUCUCUCAACGAACACGUCUUUACCUUCGCAAUGCUACAGCCCCUCUGGUAGUUCUUGCGACUGGUAUCGCAACUGCUUGGAGAAAAAGUAUCCUUGUGAAGCUACGAGCAAUGCCUACGCCAUACGAUACGCUGAAAAGUUUUGCAAGUUGUACGACAAGCGAUACACAUUAUUCAGUGCAGACGGGCAGAUGUGGGUGGACGGUGUUCGUAAAUGCCUACAGGUCGUUCUUGUGCCAUUGCUACGUCCGUGGAUGAAGCCAACGUGCCAAGAGAUACGAAAGACGGCGUUUGCUUCUCACAGUCCAUGUUACUUGCGUCCUGGCAGAGGCGUGCCAUCAGUUUGUGAUCUCGGUUGCUGGGAAUACUUCAAGAUCUUCUGGACCAUCAAGGGCUCUUUCACCGAGUUAGACACAGCUUGGGAGUCUAUCAAAGGAAUGUGGAACAUAGGAACCAAAUGUGGUUUACACAGUCAGAUUCGUAAAUGCCUUAUUGGAAGAAGUGCGUACCCAGUUAAAGUGGCAAAACUAGAAAUCCAAACGUUUUCACAACGCAAAAGACGUUCCAGUGAUUCCCUUUCAGAAGCUGAUGCCAGGAGUAGGUUCGCAGAUGGAGUUGGCUUAGCCAUAGCAGGUACCUUGAAGUGGAACACGGAUGUUAUGGACUGGAUUGCCCAUCCGGCCAAUGGUGCAAACUCUGGUGAUCCAGAAACCUUACACAUCAUCAUUGUCUUGGUAGACAAAAAAUCGCUGGGUAUUGUUAAUACAUCGACUCCAUCUGUUAAUUUCGACCAGACCAUGUUAGAAUUUGCUUCCGCUAUAAAAGAAGGGCGACUGUUCGUGCAGGUUCAUGAGUCCAAUGUUUGGGUCAAGUCCUUGGCAACCUGUUCUGAUAAAUCGUGUGACAACCCACAGACAAUGGCUGUUUCGGUUAGGUCUCCAAACUGGAAUGGUGCUGUUGGGAUUUUCCAUAUAGAGAUUGCACUAUGUGCAGUUAUUGCUCCUCUUCUCAUAUUGAUGGACAACACUGUCGUUUUAAAAUAGAAGCAUUGCUGUAUUGGUUCCGCUUGUGAUGCAAAGUAAAAUUAUAUCAGUGGCUGCUGGAAUUGUGUUACCGCGAUUUUCAAGGUAAUCUCGAAAUUAUUAAACCACCGGCGCCUUGAUCAUUUUGACGGAAAAACGAACAGAUUCCUCUAUAAUAGCUAAAUUUUAUGCUUACAUCUUAGAUUCAUUUGCCUAGCUGGCGACUCUGAUCGUUAGUACAUGUAGGAAGGAUUAUAACCUUGCUUAAAACGUAACUUUUCCAGUAAAUAGUAGCAGUUCUACCCGUUGCAUACUGCCCGAUUGGAACCCGAUAUCAAACUUUGUAAAAUCACCAAGUAUUUCAAAACUCCUAUUAGAUCAUUUGAAGUUAUCAAAAAAUUGCUGAAGCGAAAUUUCAGAUGUAAGUCUACAGUUGUAGGUAAUUAGGGAAUAAUCAAGAUUAUCAGAAAAAGUGUUCAGUGUAAAUGAAAAGAUAAAAUUGUAAAUUCAUUUCAUAAAUCAGAUUCCUUACUUUAGUAUAUUCUCUUAUUAACUUUCCUCAAACAAACAAAAAAAAUUGUCUUUUUACUCCAGGAAAAUAAAAUGUCUUGAUAUUUCCAUAUUGUGUGGGAAUGAGAAAUGAUAUCAUUUUCCCGGUUCUUGACUGAGUAGUUGCCAUUGUUUUGAGGUCUUGCCUGAUAAACUUGUGCUUAGUGACUGUUACUCCUGUUCUUCAGCAAGAAGUGAAGAUAACCAUUUUUGUUUUGUUACCCUUCUUCCAAAAUAGUAUGCGCGAUAUCAAUCCAUCGCAAUUUACCGCCUAGCAUUAUCGCGCAAAUACAACAAAACUAAAGAUCUACGCUACUUUUUCCCCUGUGAUGCAAAAAGCGGCACUGCCCGAGUCGACCAAAAAAAAGUCGAAAGUCGAAAGGAGUAGCCACUAGAUUUUCACUGUUUAGAACCCAGAACUCUGUUUUUAAUGCAAAGAUAUAAUGGGAAGGCAAAGGAGGACAUGAAGGUGUCUUCUCUUUCUUAUGAUUCCUCUAUCUUGGCACCCGUACUAGCCAGUCGCUCGCUCGUUGUUCGUAACAACAGAGCUAAGUAAGGGCUGAGCUGGUGGCCCAGACCACCACGUCUUCUUCUACAGUUACCACUGUAGUUG